ACCCGACAUCUGGCCAAACACCAGGUCGUUGGAAGCGAUGGUGUUCUGCAAUGCGCACACAUCCAUCGGCGAUUCCAUUCAGCGUAAGAGUUCAUUAUCAUUAUCGUCUUUCGGGACUCGUCCUUUGUGUUUGAAGUUCGAAUCGAUCCAAUAACUGGAAGAAAAUAUGGACGAUAUGGAGAUUGAUCAAAUUGUGGAUGUUCCUGACACUCCUGAUAGAUUAACUACUAGGCGUGUAGGUAGAAAAUAUGUUGGAAAUCCUGAUGUCUGUGUGAAUGAGAAGGGUGAGAGGGUUCCCCCUGUUGCUGAAAACAGUAAUGGAAGAUUGACUUUCUGUCUUUCAAAUGAUUCAAACAGUGGUGAAAUGAAUAAAUGCAUGGCUGCUUCCCCAUCAAAUAAUUCCUAUACUUCUCAAAAUGAUCCCAUAUUUAGGAGAUCCCAAACUGACAAGUUUUUUAGUAAAGAUUUCGCACACACUGAAAAGAUGGAGAAAGGGAAAAAUAUAUGUCUUAAAUUUCCUUCUAAAUCAUCUUCCAAUGGCUAUGGAGGUGUUACUCUUUUUGAUUUGACUGAAGAAAAUGGACAGCCUCAAAAACCCAAACCAUAUUUCUCACAUCAUGGGUUGAAGGAUAAUGCAACUGAAACCAAGAAAGAUGUGAAAGCUAGCAUUAGGAACUCUUCUAUAACUUGCAUCCCUGAUUCUUCAAAUGCAUCUAGCAAUGCCUUACCAGGAAGGUGUAAAAUAGAUGAUGAAACACUUCCAUGCUCAAAUAUAACUGUUGAUCGUGGAAAGAGUAUUGUUCUAUCUAGUGAUUCUCAACAAAAAACUGGAAAGCAGGCAGCUUUGUCCCCUUGCCUUUUAACUGCACCUAGAUUCAGAGGGCAUAAGAGAUUGGUGCGAAAUGGCUGUAUCUCACCUUAUAAUAUUGCAGCAAGAGCAAAACAAUCAGCUGAACAGAAUGAUGUUGAACAGAGCCGUGUGGUGGAUGAUGUUUCUAGCAAUACAACGUCUCAUGUGAGUAUCAAUGAUAUAGUUGCUGAAGAUAGAAGCAGUAGCAGAGUGAAGGGAAAGGAAUUAUUUAUCCAUCCUUCAAUUGUGCAUAAUGCCAGAACUAUUGAAACUGCUAGCAGCGGCCCUAUGGACGAUCAUGAAGAGACCAAUUUUACCAGUAAUGCUAUUAGACAUUCACAUGGAUGCUUUGGGGGAUCAGGUGGCUGGACAGCAGCACGUAACCAUAGAACUACUGGUUGGCCCUUGCAUGAUGUUACUGGGCAUCGUUCAAGGAGAGGUGAAAAUUCUGAAAGAUUUAUUAGUAUGCAUUGUAGGAACGGAGUGGGUAGAAGAGACAUUGGGAGCAGUCAAAACGCUAUGGAUGUUAGGCAUCCUCUAGAAAAUAACGCAACUUCUCUGAUCAUUCCUGAUGCUGAACAGUCAACUAGAUCUUGUAAUACAGCAGACAAACUGACUAAAAGGCAAAGGAAAAACGCAUCAACUUCUAGAAAUCUGAAUUCAGAGAUCAUGAUUCUUGAUUCCCCUGGGGAAUCAUCAAAUUUAAGCUCAUCUCAAAGCUCUGAAGUUGUUGAGCUGUUACCUGGAGCAACAUACACCAACAGAGUGUCCCAUGAUUCAGAUGACAUGAAUCCUAUUGACUCAGAUACUCGGGCUAGACAGGUAGAAGCUGAUGAGAUAUUGGCCCGUGAGCUUCAAGAACAACUAUAUCAUGAGGAUUCUGUUGAUGGGGGAGAGCAUAUUGAUGAACAUUUAGCAUGGGCAUUGCAGCAUGAGGAGGAACUUCUGCAUACAUCCUUUGAGGGUCACCAUAUAUCACACCCUAGAUUGUUAUCAAGGGCAGCCUCAAAUAGACAGCCUCGAUCCCGUUCUCAUCAAAGUCCUACAAAUAGAAGGAGAGCUGUGCCCCAUGCCCCUUCCUCCAAUAGAGUAUCACAGUUGAGGAGUCGCAUUCUAAAUCGGUCUUCAGUACCUGCCAUCUCAACUAGAGGAAGACGCCUUCGGUUCCCUGUGGAUAUGGACUUUGACAUGAGACUUGAUAUAUUGGAAGCAUUGGAAGAUGCAGUUGGGGAUAUUAGUGACAUGGGAAUUGCUGAAGACAUGUUUCAAGCUCAUCGAGACUUCAAUGAAGAUGAUUAUGAAAUGCUAUUGGCCCUUGAUGAGAACAAUCACCAACAUGCUGGUGCAUCUGCCCAUCAGAUCAAUAGUUUGCCGCAGUCCACUAUACAGACUGACAACUUCCAAGAGGCAUGUGCCAUAUGUCUUGAGAUUCCAGUUAUGGGAGAAACCAUUCGCCAUCUUCCUUGUUUGCACAAAUUUCACAAAGAUUGUAUUGAUCCUUGGCUCCGUAGGAGGACCUCGUGCCCAGUGUGCAAGUCAUCUAUCACCUAAUAUAGUGUACCUUGCAACUUAGAUUGUUCUGCUGCGAUGGACUUUCUUAGCAGUCUCAUUUUUGUCUAUCAAGGUAAUGCCGAGCAAGAUAACAUCUAUCUACCAGUGGCUUAAAAAUGUGAUAAAAAAUGCAUUCUUCUGUAGUUAUAUUUUUGACUUAGAUCUCUGAGGAAAAAGAAAAUGGAAAUCGAUGACUUUUAUUUCCUUAUGGUGCUGACUACCUUUUAUUGUCGCUGGGAUUAGUAGUUUUGGAAUGUGUAUAUUAGGGUAACGGACUUAACAUGGUUAUGUGAUCAACACCUGCUGGUCCUCUUUCUCUCUC